AUGCUACCUACCGACCGGUUCACAUUUUCCCGCGACCGCACCCGCUACCCGAGAGCACGUUGCGCCAUCUUUGUCCACGACAUCGUGACUUCGAAGGGCUCCAGCUCAAGUCCAAGACUGACCAUGGCCGUGCAUAAGCCUCCACAUGAUAACGUCAGUCCUGCCAAGAAACGCAAACGCGACACCCAAGAGCAACAAAUAGACGACGUUGAUACUUCUAAACCUACCGCUCUUUUCGCACCAACCAAAGGUCGCGACUGGACCGUCACCAUCGCUUUGCCCGGAAGCUGGACUCUCAAUGCCAAGAAGCCCGAUCACAAGACUAUCCAAGUCGGACGAAUCGCACGCGCAGCUGCCAUCUACUGUGUCGAUGAAAUCGUCGUAUUCGAUGAAGAUCCUACCAAUGUCGAUCCCAGAGUCGUUGAUCCAAGAUACAUCCGCAGAGGACGGUCCAAGCAACAAGUCCUCGACUCUAUCCUGGAGCACGAUGAGGCAUGGCAGAGCCCAGACCAGUUCCUUUGCCAUUUAUUGUCUUAUGCCGAAUGCCCACCUCAUCUACGAUACGACGCCGAGGAUCCCCGAUUGAGCAUCUUCAAGGAACAUCAGAAUCUCAAAUGGGUUGGUAAUCUCCCAAGUAUGGAUAUGCCGCACCAUCUUCGAAGCCACGAGUGGUGUCGGUACCGCGAGGGUGUCUUUGUCGGCCCAGCCCAUUUGCCCGCAUCAUUGAUACCCAAGAACAACAGCUCAGGGACAUCUCUGUCUCAUGACUCAGAGUAUGCAUACGUCAAAUGCGGUCUGCCGCAUCCCAUCCGCGUCCCUGUCCCCAAAGAAGCCCCUCCUGAGCAAGGCAUGCGCACAACCGUUCGCUUCACCAACGCCGAUGCACCUCCCAACUGGCCCCACCUAUCUCAGCAGGAAUGUAAUCUACUAAAUGCUACGGCAUGCGCGGCCAGUCUUCCACGUGAGGAAGGCGGCUACUACUGGGGUUACACGGUCCGACGCGCUCCAUCACUCAGCGCCGUCUUCUCCGAUUGCGAAUACCCAGAUGGCUAUGACAUGUCUAUAGGAACAUCGGAACGCGGCCAGUCCGUCUAUUCACUAUUUACUGACACCAGCAAUGAGUCUGCUACGUUUGCAGCCAAAGCCAAAGCUCACAAACCCUUUAAACACCUCCUUAUUGUGUUCGGAGGCCAGGCCGGCAUAGAACCGGCUAUUGCCAACGACCCGGUUCUCGCGGCAAGAGGAUUGGGCAAAUCGAUGGCUAGCGAGCUUUUUGAUGCUUGGGUUAAUUUGGUUCCGGGACAGGGCAGCAGGACAAUUAGAACAGAGGAGGCUGUUGUCAUCGGCCUUGCGGCGCUGAAGCCUUGGAUGGACAGAACGAUGCAGGUAUAG